AUGUCUUCAACUUUCUCAACUGAGCCCGUUUCGCCGAAAGCUACUCCGCUCCCACCAUUGCCGUCUGAGGAUCCGCUCACGUCCCAACAAUGGAAGACGCUUCUUGCUAUUGCGGAUGCGGUCAUCCCAGCAAUCAAGCCCAUGUCCACGGCGAAGACGCGCACUGAAAUCGCUACGACCGACACCGAUUACUCGACCGCAAUUAGCAAGCUGAGGGCUCUAACACCGGAGAAUGACCCUGAUGCGGUAACAACGGUGAAGGACUACCUGGAUGACUAUGCGAGUCAGGACCCAGCGUUUCGAGCGGAAUUACAACGUGUCUUCGCUAUGUACAUGCCACAGAACCAAAGAAAGGAGCUGUGUAUGGUGCUGAAUGUCCUCAAUACUAGAGCGGGAUCACUAGCACUGACUGGCUAUCUUACACCAAUUAGCGAGCAACCCGCUCAUGUAAGAGAGUCAAUCAUUCAGGGCUGGGCUACCGCGCGGCUUGGAGCGCUUCGCCAACUGCGUCGCUCGUUGGUGAUCAUUACUAAACAGGCUUGGAUCAAGACGUCGCCUGCAUUGAGACGCGUUAUAGGCGCCCCACGCGUGCCCCUGGGCAUGAAGCCUGGGAAGGGUUUCGACUAUGAGUUCAUUCAGAUUCCUCCCGGCGACAAGCCUGAAGUUAUCGAGACAGACGUGGUGAUAGUGGGAAGUGGGUGUGGAGGUGGUGUGACCGCGAAGAACCUCGCGGAAGCCGGGCACCGAGUGUUGAUCGUAGAGAAGGCAUAUCACUGGAGUCCAGAUCAUUUCCCAAUGGCUGAAUUGGAUGGAUGGCACCAUCUUUUCAUGAGUGGAUCGUUCUUGACAUCCGAUGAUAGUUCUGUCAGUGUUGUAGCAGGGCAGUCCAUGGGCGGUGGAGGUACUGUCAACUGGUCUGCUUCUCUCCAAACACAGGGCUAUGUCCGUCGCGAGUGGGCAGGACGAGGUCUUCCAUUUUUCACGUCUGCAGAAUUCCAAGAGUCAUUAGAUCGUGUCUGUGAUCGCAUGGGCGUCUCAGACAAGAACAUCAAGCAGAAUCGCAACAACGAGAUACUACUUGAAGGUGCCAGGAAACUUGGCUGGACCGCUAAGCCUGUGCCACAAAAUACCGGUGGACAACAACACUACUGUGGUUAUUGCAACUUUGGCUGUGGCUCCUGCGAAAAGCAAGGCCCGGUAGUAUCCUUCCUCCCCGACGCUGCCCGAGCGGGAGCAAAGUUCAUCGAAGGCUUCCACGCAGAGAGAGUAAUCUUCUCCAACAAGAACGGCCGAAAGAUAGCAACCGGCGUACUUGGCACAUGGACAUCCCGUGACGCUCAAGGCGGCGUUGCUGGUUCUCCCUUAACAACCCGCCGUGUUCUCAUCAAAGCAAAGCGUGUUGUCGUAUCAGCAGGAACCAUGCAAUCUCCGCUUCUCCUCAUGCGUUCUGGACUCAAGAACCCGCAGAUAGGUCGCAACCUAUACCUUCACCCCGUCACCUUCCUUGGCGCUUAUCACAAGGAAGAGAUCAAACCUUGGGAAGGCGGGAUACUCACUGCGGUAGUAGGCGAGUUCGAAAACAUGGAUGGCAAAGGCCAUGGUGUCAAGCUUGAAGCUACGAACAUGGUUCCUUCUGCGUGUCUUAUGUGGGUUGAUUGGAAGAGCGCUAUGCAAUACAAAAUCGACGCGGCGAAGUUGAAACACAUGGUUGGGUACAUUUCCAUUGCAAGGGACCGCGAUACAGGGCGAGUGUAUCCAGAUCCAGUCGACGGCCGCGUGAGGUUCUCAUACCAGACAUCCAAGUUUGACCAAAAACACGUAUUAGAAGGUGUUAUUGCGCUUGCGAAGAUUCAGUAUGUGGAAGGAGCACAGGAAAUCUUCACCGUAAUACCCAAUAUGCGACCAUUCGUUCGGGAUCCUUCCAUGCCCGCGGGCGAGGGUAUUAAUGACCCAGAAUUCCAGACUUGGAUUGAGGAUAUCAGAAACAUGGGCCUACCGUCACCCGAGAGUGUGUACGUCUCCGCGCACCAAAUGGGUACUUGCCGGAUGAGUGCGAAGGAGAAAGACGGUGUUGUUGACCCGCGAGGCGUUGUCUGGGGCACUGAGGGCCUGUAUGUGGCUGAUGCAAGUGUGUUCCCGAGCGCUAGUGGAGUUAAUCCUAUGGUUACAAAUAUGGCCAUUAGUGAUUGGAUCAGUCGAGGGAUCAGAGAGGGGAUGGAGGAGAGGCCGAGGUUGUAG